GUCACUACUACGUACAAUUCAUCUCGUCUCACUUCCACACAACUGAACGAAUACCAACAGCUCCAACAAUAAGCCACCAGCCAUGAGUUCUGGUAUUGUUUCUAUAUUCUGCCGUCAUAGCCAAUCCCCCUCCAACCCAGAGCAACGAAGAAUGGGCCGAGUCCAAUCAAGUCCCGUCCCAUUCUCCGUCUCUGCCUCCUCCAUUGUUCUCCUUUAAUACUUCAAGGCGGCCAAUUCCCACCUCCUCACCAACUACUCAGCCCUGAGCCCCAGCUACAUAAAAGACUUGAUCAUCUACAGAAGCUCGUUAUUACCCGUUUACUCCAUUGCAGAGAACUUCGCCCAAAGCCCCAGGUCGAAUACUCUCCAAGCCCAAGCCCAGAUCCAAGUUCAUCAAUUGCGACUUGAUCUCACCCUUCUUACUUCACCGUCAUUUUUUUGCCUUGAUACUCACUCGUCUCGCUGCCGGAAAACGUAACCAAGAUGCCCGUCAAGAGUCUGGUUCAGCUCUGCCAGGCCACGGUCCGGAAGCAUAUCGACCAGGUCGACUAUGUCUCGACCCUACCGUACUGGAGGGUGAAAGACCCCAUCCUCAAGCACAUCAAGAACGCCUCUCAGCUUGCCGUCAUCGAGGAGAACUCCCCGCAAAUCGUUGGCGAGGACUCGGAGCUAUGGGAGGCAAUGUGCAAGCGGGACUUUAUGGUGCCCAUGAAGCGCGACCCCCGCGAGCCUGAGGACCCCCGGGCAUGGCGCCAGGUGUACGAGUACUACGCCGAGGAGGAGCGCAAGAAAGAGGCCGUCGCACUGGAACAGCUCGGCGCCUCAUUUGCCGGUCUCAACAAGAUGAAGAUGGCGAACAAGACAGCCAUUGGUGACCCCAGAAAGCUCCCCAAGGCCCCCACGGGCGGGCUUGCCUUUGGUCGAAGCCGCGGGAAAGGUGCCGGCCCCGGUGCGACCCUGACCUUCGGAGGUGGCGGAAGGACUUCGAAUGCGGUCAAGAAGGCGAAGAGGGAGGCUUUGGAGGUGGCAGCGCGAAAGAGGCUGUCGGUUCCCAAGAACGUGCGGCAGACUGGGAAUCUGGCCAAGGUUACUCAGGCUCCCGAGUCGAUGAGGGCCGAGGCUCGCAUCCGAGCGCAGCCAAAGUUCGUCCCUCCCGGUUCGUCGAAUGCGACCAAGCGGCAGCGCGAGGAGGACGAUGAUCGCAGCGAGAUGGAAUCCAGGCUCCUCGCUGCCAAGAGACCCAAGGUCCAGCCAAAGACCAUGAGCAACCAGGAGCUCAGGCCAGGCUCGUCCGGAUCGGUAGAGGGAAGUCACCAUCCCAUCACAUCCAGGUCCGAGCCGAAGCCAUCCACCACCCCGAGCAAGCCCAGAGGUCUCUUCUCGCGCCCGCAUGGCGCCACUAUUCAGCAGACCAAGGUCACUACUAAGACGUUUGGCAAGCCGGGCCCGGGUACUGCGGCUCAGAGUAUCCCGAAGACGAAGGCAAGUCUGCCAGGACGAUCAGCGGGAACACGGCCGUCUUAUUCUGCUGGACAGUCAGCAUCACCACCCACGCAGCGGUCGUCCCGUCCAGAGCCCCCGAGAGCCACUGCUGCGUCUCGGAACGGCACAGAUGUGUCGCGAUUUGUAUCGCCCGGAAUAGAGGCGCACAAACCUAGAAAGAUUGCGCCUCCCAAGCGAUCAUCUCGCUCCCCAUCUGUCGCCUCGAGCAUCUUUGGCUCCCCGGAGCCUGAGGCCUCUGGACCCAGCGGACGACGAUCGUCCUUCAGCAGCAGGUCCUCGUCCUCGCCAGCACCCCAGCAGGCAAGGCCUACGCAGCGCCCGAACACGCCGCCCACAGCAUCUUCAUCGCACGCGCCCAGGCCGGACUCGCCUCCCAAGCGUAAGGUUGACGACGCCCCGACCGCUGGCGAGGGACGGUCGGCGGCGCACCCAUCCGCCAAGAAGAAGAAGGUGGACAUCUUCAUGCGCCGCAAGCGCUGAAGAGCGCGCCGGGGAGCAAUUGGACAUUACAGCAUCACACCCCCGAGGCGGAGAGCUGCUCAAAUUCAGUCUGAACUGUCUUCAUUCAACAUCUUUACGGAAACGGAGCGGAAAGGGAGUACGCAGAAGCCAGGGACGUCAUUCGAAAAGACAGGGGAGGCAUUAGCGAGAUGGAGGAUAUUAUAAAGGCAUUUCCCGUCAAAAAGACGCCAUUGGCAAGGAGUUCAGGGACAUAUUCAAAGGAGUCGGAAGGACAAAGUAUUAAUUGGUGAAUGCCCCUGCUGUUGGGUGACAUAGCACUUGAGCAGGGCGGUAUCGAACGCAUACCGGAUUGAUGAGCCGUUCGCCUACAUAGAAAAUCACAGAUUGCGCAUACUUGAAA